UGUCUUGGCCGGCAAUAUUUCAGAUAACUAAAAAAGUUCUGAAUUUUAUUUUAGUAUUUUACAUAAAACAAACUAAAUAAAACAAAAUCCACAUAAAAAACUUUUCUAGAUCAUAAAAUGGCCUGUCCACUUGCAGCUGAACGUGUUUGGGUUGAAAAAUCUCGUUACCAUGAUGCUGAAAGAGAAUACUAUGAACGUUUGGCAAAGCUGCUAAAAGGAACAGUUACAGUAAGCAAUACUGAAAAAGUUGUAGAAGAAUCUUCUUCUUCUUCUCUUCCAACUGCAACUGUGACAGCCGCCGCUGCUGUGUCUGUAAGUCCUGAAAAACCUAAAGCUAAGAAAAACAAGAAGACUACUCGUAAGUCACAGAGUCCAGAAGUUAUGUCCGAAACUACUACUGAAAUAGUUGUGGUUGCUAAGCCAACAACAGUCGUUAAUAAACCUAAAAAGCAAAAGAAACCAAAAGUAGUUGAAUCGGAAGCUUCUUCUUCGAAUAGUUUGUCUAAAGAUCUUUCGCCUACUUCUAUGUCCAAGGAGGCUUUGCCAGUAGCUUCGGAAGUUGUAGAGGAGACUAAGACAAAGAAAAAGAAGAAGAAAAAGACCACCAACAAAGAUGUUGUUGCUGUUGCUGCAGAGAAACAACAAACGGAAGAGCAAGAGAAUAUACCACCAAACCAAACAUUGAUUGAAACUAAAACUGAAUUUCAGGAUUCGAAUAAGAAAUCCAACAAAAAUCUCAAGCAUAAGGGACCGGCAUCAAAUCAGUGCACUUUAGUAUCAGAAAUAGCCAAGGCCAGACAGCACAUCAAAAAUUCACUCGAGAAGAUGGAUGGAAUUGCAACAUUAGCCGCCACACCAGCCUCUCCUGAUAUCGUUGAUCGUUUAGCAGCAGUCGAAAAGGACAAUGCUGAAUUACGUCAGUUGAUUGAGGUUUUAAAGAAAUUGUGUUUAGUGUCUCAGAGCCGUGUCGAGUCACUUGAACAGAAAUUGACUUCCUUGAGUGUUACCUGUGGAGAACCCACACCAACCAAAGCAGCAGCACCAGCCGCACCUGCAAAUAAGAACAAAGACGACGAUGAUGAUGGUGUUGAUCUAUUUGCCUCUGAUUCAGAUGAAGAUGAUGCUGAAGCAGCUAAAAUCCGUGAAGAACGUUUGGCCGCUUAUGCAGCAAAGAAAUCAAAGAAACCCGUUCUCAUUGCCAAGUCCAGUCUUGUACUAGACGUCAAGCCAUGGGAUGAUGAAACCGAUAUGAAAGCUCUAGAAGCUGAAGUACGAAAAAUAACAUCUGAUGGUUUGUUGUGGGGAGCUUCCAAAUUUGCACCAGUUGCUUUUGGCAUCACAAAAUUGAGCAUCUCGUGCGUUGUUGAAGACGAUAAGGUUUCCAUCGACUGGCUCACUGAGGAAAUUGAAAAGUUGGAAGACUAUGUGCAAAGUGUUGAUGUUGCUGCUUUCAACAAGAUUUAAAUUUAUCGUUUUUCAAUCGAAUUUUGUCUCAAAUCUUUGUGAAAAAGAAGUCUUAAUUAAUUAUUUCGCCAAUUAUGAAAAGAGUUUUGUGUAGAUGUUUUUUUUGAGAAAAAAAUAAAAUAAACUAAUAUUCAAUAA